UGUGCUGGACACACGGUAAAGCUGGAACUGGGACAGGUGUUCCAACCCCUGCAGCUCACAGCUGGGGAGUCGUGGAGGCAUGGCCACCUGCCAGACCCCACAGCAGUCUUCAGCACACCUCCCCUGUGUCAGCCCAGCCAGCACGCACUAGUAUUUUAGGGACCCUCAGCCCAGUCCCCUAAAAGCCCAAACCUAUUGUCCAUCUCUCGUACCAGCAGCCCAACUUAGUGUAGCGCUGAGCCAGGGUAGAGCUGGUUCCACUGUGUUCAGGUUGAUUAAUCUGGAACAGGCUCUGCCCUAGCUCCCCAGCAAUCCCUCUGGACAGCCAGUUCUCCCAGUCACAGUGCCUAACGUAAGCCUCCAUCCAUCACACCUUGAAUUUUCACUCUUCCUCCAGUUAGUGGUGGUGUCAUUUUCAGAACAAAGGCCAGCUGUAGGCUCACCUGUCCUGCCCUCUCCUUGUCUUCCAGACCAGGAAGAGCUGCUCACCUGGCCCCGAUGUACUGCACAUGCACCAGCCACCCACCUAAUGUAACCAUCAAAUGUAGUGGCACCUCAAAUUCAUCCUGUCGUCUGAAUUCUCAGACACCCCACCCCCAAUCUGGCUCUCCCCGCCCGCCCCCCAUGCCCUGCUCCCUCUCAUGACUGUCAUUAUCCUGUGUCCCUGACCCCAGCCAGAAGCCUUGGCUUUCCUCCCUGCCUCCAUCCACAAGACCCCAAAUCCUGUCAAUUCUAACACACACCCAGCCACCUGGGUGCAAAGCCACCACUGCCCUAAAUCACGGAGGGCUUCCUUGUCCUCUCUGCCCCUCCUUUCAAGCACCGGGCUCUCAGGCGGUGCUGAUGCACUCCCUGAAUGACAGUCAGUGACCUUUUUGAGACAUCUGAGCAGCCCUGGGCAGUAUGGCUCAUUUGGGCAUCAUUCCAUGCACCAGAAAGUCGCCAGUUCGAUUCCCAGGCAGGGCACAUGCCCAGGUUGUGGGCUCAAUCCCUGGUGAGGGGUGUGCAGGAAGCAGUCCAUUGAUGUUACCCUCUCACAUUGAUGUUUCUCUCCCGCUCAAGAUAAAAACUAUUCUUAGAAAAACAACACUAAAACAUUUGAGCAUCUUUCUCACUCAAUGCUUCUCCGAGCCCCCACCCCUCUCCCUACAUGGCCAACAAGAGCCUGCAUUGCUCGCUCACUCCACCCACUGCCAUGCUGGCCUUUCGUUUCCUGGCACUCACCAAGGCCCUUUGCACAUCCUACUCACAUUGGUCCAACCUAAACUUACCAAACACCAUGCCUGGCGCUGGUACCCCCUUCUAGGGGGAGGUUUAGUAAACAAAUGAACAAGACAAUCUGACAGAAAAUAAACAAGGUCAUGUGAUCAAGAAUGAGGAGAGGGGCCCAGCCGGUGUUGCUCAUUGGUUGAGGGUCACUGUUCAACUCCUGGUCAGGGCACACACCCGGGUUGUGGGCUCGAUUCCCAGUAGGGGGCACACAGGAGGCGGCCAGACAAUGAUUCUGGUCAUUGAUGUUUCUGUCUCUCCCUCUCCCUUCCUCUCUGAAGUCAAAUAUAUAUACACAUAUAUGUAAUCUCGACCAAGGUGCAGGAAGGAAUACGGAAACGGAAGUCUGAAGAAAAGGAUUUCAAGCAGAGGGAACGGCCCGGAGGCGUGGGAGUUUUCGGUGGCCAAGGAAGAGCGGGAAUCCCUGUGGCUGUGCGGUGGGGGGAGGGAGAGUAUAUUGGGGUGGGGCUGGAGAGUGGGCAAAAGGGCCUGGGACCACGGGGAGGGGUGAUGGCUUUAAGCAAGAGAGUGACAUCACCCAAUUUUAUGCUUUCAAACAUCUCGCUGGCAGCUGUGUUCCUCUCAUUCACCACUAAACCCCGGGGCCUAGCACGGCUCCUGGCCCAUAAUGUGUGAUAAAACACACGUGUUGGAUAAAGGCAUGCCCCACACUGUGUGACCCCGAGUGCUGGUAGUCAUUCUCUCUCUAGUCUAGACCUUGGUUUCCUCACCCGAAAGACGGGUUGAUGGGAAUUUCACGCCCGAGUGGGUAGGGGGACUGUAUCUAGCUCACCCCCCUCCCCAAGCGGCGCCCGAGUCCUCCACCCCUAGGGAAAAGAGGGGUGUCCUCCCUCCCAGGGACCUGAUACCGCGUCGCGGCCCCAACCGCCCUGCACCGCUGGCCGAAGGAUGCUGCAGCUCCGGGGGCGGGACCAGCAGGCGACUGCCGGAGACUCCAGCUCCGAUUGGGUGCCGCCGUGAACGGCAACGCGCGAUUGGUCGGUCCAGAAGCAGGGGCGGGGCCUGGCUCCUGCAGCGGGGUGGCGGGGCGGCUGGGGAUGCGGCCAGAGCCCGGGAAGCUGCUGCGGGGGCCAUGGCCGCCCCGAGCCCGGGGCCCCACGAGGUAGGUGCGGACCCGAGAGAGGAGAGGAGAGGGAAGGGUUAGUGAGUACGAGCCGGGCCUCCCCUCUCCGGGCGGGGUGGACACACCCCCAUCCAAGCUCAGGAGGGGUCCACUGGGCGGCGACCAGGACACGCCCCACGUGGGAACCGCAGGUAUGAAGGGAAAGUCUGUCAAGGAUCCCCCGAGAACUUGUUCAGUUUUUUCGCAGGGAAAAUGGAGAUGAUAGUAAAAGCUUCUCCUUCGUAGGGCUGUUAGGAGGUCAAGCUCUCAGCCAGGGCUGGUCACAUGGUGGGUGCCCACUACGGACGGGUCAGCGGCUGAUCUCAGCUUCGUGCUGAUCUUCCGGGCUGGCCUGGAGGGGCUCAGCACAGAUGAGUGGAGUACUUGGUGCUUGGCUGAAUCCCUUGGCAUCACGGCUCCUAUCAAGGGUCCCUGUGCACAGAGCUCAAACCCAACAGUAACCGCAGCUAUUAUCUGCCGCGAUGUUAUAGUUCUCGUUCUGCAGAUGAGAACACCAGGCCCCGAAGGUUAGGUGACUUACCUGAGGCCACACAACUGGUGAGAGGAUGUCUGGGGCCCGGUCUGGCUGCAGAACUGCCUGCUCUGACCUACUGCUAAUGAUAACCAUCACUCUGUGUUGGAUGCUGACUGCACGUCAGGGGCUGUGCGGCCCGCAUAGCACCUAGUGAGCUGGGUACCAGCAUUAGCCGCAUUUUACAACCGAGGAAACUGAGGCAGAGCGAGCUAAGAGGAGGGCUCAAAGUAGUGGAGGUGGCACUCAUACCCAUGUCUUUCCCCUCUGCGAUGCUGCCACAUGCUCAAUGCUUCUUGUGCCUUCUGCCACCAGGUCCUGGCCCCCUCUCCAGAGGCCGGAGGCAAAGUCAUCACCUCACGUUCUGGCCGCCGGGGCCUGCUCUGGCGUCUGCGAGACAAGCAGCUGCGCCUCGGCCUGUUUGAGAUCAGCCCGGGACAUGAGCUGCACCGGCUGACGUGUAUGAUGCAGGCAGGGCUCUGGGCUGCCACACAGGUCUCCAUGGACCACCCGCCCAGGGGUCUGCCCACUGAGGACGACUUCUCCGAGGUCCUGACCCAGGUCCACAAGGGCUUCGAGCUGGGCACCCUGGCUGGCCCUGCCUUCGCCUGGCUGCGCCACACCCUAGGCCUGGCCGAGGAGGACUAUCAGGCCGCCCUGGGGCCCGGGGGCCCCUACCUGCAGUUCCUCAGCACCUCCAAGAGCAGCGCCAGCUUCUUCCUGUCCCACGACCAGCGCUUCUUCCUGAAGACCCAGCGGCGCAGGGAGGUGCGGGCGCUGCUCGCCCACCUGCCCCGCUACCUGCAGCACCUGCAGCGGCACCCGCACUCGCUCCUGGCGCGGUUGCUGGGAGUGCACAGCCUGCGGGUGGCCCGGGGCAAGAAGAAAUACUUCAUCAUCAUGCAGAGCGUCUUCUACCCCGCUGGCCUCAUCGCCGAGAGGUAUGACAUCAAGGGCUGCGAGGUGAGCCGCUGGGUGGAGCCGGCCCCUGAGGGCAGCCCCCUGGUCUUGGUGCUGAAGGACCUCAACUUUCAGGGCAAGACCAUCGACCUGGGGCCCCAGCGGAGCUGGCUCCUCCGGCAGAUGGAGCUGGACACCGCCUUCCUCCGGGACCUCAACCUGCUGGACUACAGCCUCCUGAUGGCCUCCCAGCACCUGCAGGAGGACGAGAGGGGCCCAGGCGGCAGCCUCAUCUUCCGCACAGCCAGGUCUGUGCAAGGGGUACAGAGCCUGGAUGAGCCGGGAGCGCAGAACCUUCGGCUGCUGCCUGAUGGCCCCAACGCCCUUCACAUCUUGGACGGCCCGGAGCAACGCUAUUUCCUGGGCCUUGUGGACCUCGCCACCGUCUACGGGCUCCGCAAGCGACUGGAGUACCUGUGGAAGGCGCUGCGCUACCCCAACCGGGCCUUCUCCACCGUCAGCCCGGCUCUCUACGCCCGUCGCCUCUGCCAGUGGGUGGAGGCGCACACCGAGUGACCGGCGCGGGGCCGCGCUCUCCCCAUCUGGACAAUGGGCACAGGCCCGGAAUGCAUGUGCCAGCUUGGUCGGGCUCCCCCAGCCUGCUGUUCCUCCAGCGGGCCUCCAGAGGGCAGCAUUCUCCAACUAAUAUGACAACCUUAGUUAAUGGUGAUGCUGUGCCUGGCUGGUAUUUUGCCAGGGACUCGCCAUAUUAGCUCAUUUUAUCCUAAAAAAAAAAAAAAAAAGCUAUUAUUCUCUUUUCACAGACCAUGAGAUGGAGGCUCAUGGGGUGAAGGGACUGAGCAAGAUCACUCAGCAGUAAAUGCUGGAACCAGGACUCGACUGUGCCUUUUGCACUCAGGAGCCUGUACCAGCUCCCACAGCCCUGUCCUCAUGCUCUCAGAAAGGGGGGAGGCUGAAGGCUCCAGCCCCGGCCCUUUGUCAUACAGAUGGGGAAACCGAGGCCCAGAGAUUUUAAGGGGCGUAUGCACGGGUAAGUGGCAAGGCUAGCCCCAGAACUCCAGGCCUCCCUAUCCCUUGCCCCUGGCUCAAGGAGACCCCUGUGGGUCUCCUGCCCUUUAAGGAUGCAGGUAGGAGAAGGUGGGGUAUCGAGGGGCCUGCAGCUCUGGGAAGCACUAUGUUGAUCUUGAGUAAGCUCUGCCCUCCUCUGAUAGUCACUUUCCUCAUCUGAGAAAUGGGGGUAGGGGUGGUGGGCAGACCAAGGGCCCUUGCCAAACACACAUCACCAGGAGCAGAGAAGCAAAGUGUCUGCAUAGCCCCUGACCAUUCCUUCUCCCUCCUCCAGGAGACUCCAGCCGGCCUCUGACCUCAGUCCAAUCCGACCAUGCCCAAGCCGGCCUUUCCUCUAGUGCUGCUCUGGGGCCUAUGUGACCAGGGCAAGGUGUUAACCUUCUCUGUGCCUCAGCGGUCUAAUCUGUAAGAUGGAAGGAUGAAAAUGGACCUCAUUCACGAAUUAAAUAUUUAUUGAGCAUCUGUUAUGUGACAGGCUGGGCUUUGGGGACCUGGGAGUGGAGCACAGAUUUCACCUUCACAAAACUCACAGUCUGGGGUGGGGGUGGGAGGUGGUGACAAAAGCGCCCUGGUGUAACAAAACCUUGUGGAGGACCAUGGGGCCAUGGGGCUCAGGGAAGGGGCCCCACCUCAGUAGUUGAUGGGUGGGGUUGUUUCUAAUCUCUAAACUGAGAUCAGAAGAGUCAGCUGUCAGGCGCUGGGAGGGUCCCAGGCUAAGGGCACAGCAAAGGGCUGGGGUGAGAGAGUGCCUGACAUCCUAUGUAAUAAAAGGGUAAUAUGCAAAUUGACCAGGA